AUUAACCCUGGCAGCAAAGCAGCCAUGGCCGACCUGUGCCCAGGAGAUAUUAUUCUGGCAAUUAAUGGAGAGAGCACGGAGAACAUGACACACCUAGAAGCGCAAAACAAGAUCAAAGCAUGCAUGGACCAGCUGCUGCUCUCCGUGAACAGAGCCGAAGGGAAGACCUGGUCAGUCCCUGUUCUGGAGGACGGCAAAGCUCAGGCAUACCGGAUCAACAUCGAGCCAGAACCGCAGGACAAUGGGCCUGCCCAGAGCAGGAGGUCGAUGCCCCCUGGGGCUGGGGGCAGCCCCAUGGACAAGCAGCAGAUGCUGAACGUGCAGCAUCACCACCCGCCCCGGCUCUACGCCAACGAGGCGGCUCUGCCGGGGCAGCUGAGCGGGCUGCACAUCGCUCCUGCACACAGCCUUGACCCCUUGAAGUCUCUCCCACGGAACAGGAAUGGGAUUGAUGUGGAGUCAGAUGUCUACAAGAUGCUGCAGGAUUAUGAAAAGCCCAUUUCGGAGCCUAAGCAGUCUGGGUCCUUCCGAUACUUGCAGGGCAUGUUGGAGGCUGGCGAGAACGGUGAAAAACUCGACAAGCUGAGCAACCCCCGAAACAUCAAGCCCCCUGGGUCAAAGCUCGGGGGGGCCAUGUCCGGGCUGCAGAUGCUCCCCGAGUGUACCCGCUGCGGGAACGGCAUCGUGGGCACGAUUGUCAAAGCUCGGGACAAGCUCUACCACCCCGAGUGCUUCAUGUGCGACGACUGCGGGCUCAACCUGAAGCAGCGCGGGUAUUUCUUCAUCGAGGAGCAGCUGUACUGCGAGACGCACGCCAAGGAGAGGGUUAAGCCCCCCGAGGGAUAUGACGUGGUGGCUGUUUAUCCCAAUGCCAAAGUCGAACUCGUUUAA